AUGCCUCGGUCGACCCAAUUAUACGAAACGGUGGAGGAGCAGGAGUGCGAAAUUUCAUCCGCACACCUGAAUCUGAGCCUCCGGAGAAUGCGGUUUCCCAUCCGGGAUCAAGGGAAGGAUACGCGCCGUGGAAAAGAGUGCAACAAGAGGUUGAUGUUCAUGCCUUCAAUGCGCGAAAGUCCUACCCAGGCCUAUACCGAGGCAGAUGAGCCGCAAAGCGAUUCGGUGCGGGGCACCUCGAACAAACCCUAG